GUUAUUGCUAAAAUGGCUACCUUUCUGGCGUCCAGUCGUCGGCUACCACAAAGUAUCUCCAAGUUUCUGACAGGUAGACAGGUUGUGGAAAAAGAAAAGAUAUUGGUCACUUGUAUUAGGAACCGAAGUGGCAUAUCUGUUGAACCUUUGAAGAGCAGAAACUUGGUCCUCUCAUCAAGACCAAAAGAUGCAGGCUCUCCAAAAUCACAUACUUCAGGUGUAUGUCGGAAUUUCCACCUGUCAGUAACACGGUGGUCAGAGGUCAGGGUUGUCAAUACCCCUCCUUUUGCAGAAUCAGUUACAGAGGGAGAUGUCAGGUGGGAGAAAGCUGUGGGUGACCAAGUGGCUGAGGAUGAAGUGGUUGGUGAGAUUGAAACAGACAAGACUUCUCUCCCAGUCCAUGCCCCUGCUGCAGGUAUCAUUGAAGAGUUGUUAGUGGAGGAUGGAACCACAGUAGAAGCUGGAACAGCUCUGUUCAAAAUAAGAAUUACAGGAGAAGCACCAGCCAAAAAGCCAGAAGCUGCGGCAGAGAAGGCACCAUCAGCUGAACCUGCUGUCCAGCCCCCACCCGCACAACCAGCUGGUUCAGCCAGUGGACCCAUCCCCUCCAGCCCUCCGCCAAUCCCACAACCACCACGGCAACCCAUGAGUGAAGUUCCCACAGCAUCACUUAAGCCUACGCCUGUAACAGCGCCAUCUGGGGGUAUUGCCAGCAAACCUCCUGCAGGAACUAGGCAAGAACAGAGGAUAAAAAUGACAAGAAUAAGGCUUGCCACAGCAACGCGUCUCAAGGAUGCUCAAAAUAAAUGUGCAAUGCUCACAACAACUCAAGAAAUUGAUAUGAGUAAUCUUAUGGAAAUUAGAAAGAUGCAUCAAGAGGCCUUUGUGAAAAAGCAUGGUAUAAAACUUGGUUUUAUGUCUGCUUUUGUUAAGGCCUCUGCCUCUGCUCUCAUAGACCAGCCAGUGGUGAAUGCUGUUAUAGAUGAGAAAGAAAUUGUUUACAGGGACUAUGUUGAUAUAAGUGUUGCUGUGGCAACACCAAAGGGACUUGUGGUGCCAGUUAUACGGAAUGUAGAAACCAUGAAUUUUGCUGACAUUGAAUUAGCUAUCAAUGAAUUAGGAAAAAAGGCUCGUGAUGGCCAGUUGGCUAUUGAAGACAUGGACGGAGGCACUUUCACCAUCAGUAAUGGCGGAGUAUUUGGCUCACUGUUUGGCAUGCCCAUCAUUAAUCUUCCACAGUCGGCUAUUCUGGGGAUGCAUGCCAUUUUUGAUAGACCUGUUGCAGUGAAUGGCAAGGUUGAAAUCAGGCCCAUGAUGUAUGCAGCAUUAACGUACGACCAUCGAUUAAUAGACGGAAGGGAGGCAGUUACAUUUCUGCGUAAAAUCAAGUCUGCUGUGGAGAACCCAAUAAUUCAUCUCCUGGGUUUAUGAUGACAGGUGUGGACAGGGGCUCUUGGAAGGCUCUUGUUUUCUGGGUUAUUAUAAUUAUUGCUGUCCGAUUCCUGACAAAAAGUUCUCUUUAAGUCGGCAUUGACACUGGAAGGAUAUGAUGCAUACAUUUACUGGUAUAUUAUAUACACAGCUGUUCUGGAAUUAAUUGUUGGUUGACACUAGGUUUUGUUUAAGCGUAAAGGCACUUUUUAUGUUUGUAAACAUGCUUUACUGAAUUGUUUGUUUCUUAUGUAUGGACAUUUGUGAUACAAAAGUAUUAUGGUGAACUUUGGUAAGUUCAAACCAAAUUGCACCAGUUUCAAACUAUCUCAGAUUAUGACUGACAAAAACGUUAAUACCCUUUCAAUUUGCACCUUUUAAGGAAUGAAUAUGCCAAACAUAAUGCCUGACCAAAAAUGUUUAUCUUAGGUUCCAGACAAAAAUUGAUGUAGUUCAAAUUUCCCUGUAUGGAUAACUCUUAAAAACUCAGUAUGAGCACAGUCAGAAUGAUUCUCCCCAGAUCCCUAUUAAAUAUAAAGCAUCAGAUAAUGAUAACAGUAGCAUAAGAGAACUGACUUGCUUAGUAAAUGUAGAAGUCUUACGUAGUGGUAUCAAAUAUUAGGAUUGUUAUUGCAAACAAAAAGAUUUAACUAAACAUUGAACUGCUAAAAUAUAUCUAUGUUAUUUGUUUUACAACUAUUGUUGGAAAUGCAAUUCUCAAGUUUCAAUUAUUACAUAUUUGGUUAUGUGUUAUUAUACUUGGAUGGUUACUCCAGACUAGACAAGUUAAACAAAUUUAAACGCACAAAGGCCAGUGUUUAAGAAAGGUGUGUCCUACUUAUUUCAUUGUCAAACAAAAAAAAAUGCUCUCAGAAAUAAUAUUUCAGUGAAUGUACAAAUUUGAUAAAUAGAGUUAAUUUUUUAUUUUGUACUGCAUUUGCCUUACAAUUUUGAAAUUAUUUGUAAGUUUUCUCUAGGUACUAACCUAAGAGGAGAAAUCUCAUACAGUAAAGAAAAUAUAAUUUUUUUUUUUUUUUUGUCAUUUGCAAUAAUUUUGGUUAAAAAACCUAAAAAGCAAUGUAAACCAUGAUCUUUCUCAAAGUGAGUUCUACUAAAACUUUAUUAUUUAUAAUGUCAGAUAAGGGACAGUGAAAAUGCACCAGAUUUUUUGUGAAAAUUAUUGGAUAUAGUGGUUAGACUAGCAUGCAGUAGAAAUAUCCAAAUAUUGUUUACCAAUAUAAAAAAGGAUGUACACUUUCAUCCACAUUAGUCUUCCUCCUUAUACGGUUAGGGCUCAUUCCCAGUGAAACUAUCAUUCUAUGAAGAUCAAUCCAAGUCAAUGGGGAAUCUUGCUGAAUCCAAACAGAUUGACAUGCCUCCUGGCGUGGAGUAGAAUGCAGAAAAGCAGGUGUUUUUUGAGUAUGUUAAUGAAGAGGCAUGUUAAUCUGAUUGUGAGAGUACCCACAGAAUUGGAUCCAUCUAUGUGGAACGAUAGUUUCAUUGGGAAUGAGCCCAUAAAGUCUGGUCUCACCUCUGUUUCCCCAUAAAUUGUAUUCUUGCCUCUGACUUAAAGGGAUAAUAACUUCGUUUUGGCCAAAAAAUGAAUUUUUCCCGGAGUAAACGACAAUUUUCCCCAUAC